UCUUUCCUGUUUGCUCGCCCAUUGGCUAUGACCUAUUUCAGAGGCUCUUAUAGCAUCUGGGAAUUUGCAUUUGCAUGCAAUGCUAAAAAUCCUCAGACUCUCACUUCCACAAAGUUAAGGAAACAGAUUGGUACUCUCUCUGAAGUUCUCAAUCUGAGCAACACAGAGCUGGAUCAGCUGGCCGACUUUUUAGGUCAUGACAUUCGAGUACACCGCCAGUUUUACAGAUUACCAGAAGGCACUCUUCAGCUGGCCAAGAUGAGUAAAAUCUUUCUUGCUCUGGAGAAAGGACGUUUGGCUGAUUUCAGAGGAAAAAACCUCAAUGAAAUUGACAUUGAUCCAGAAGAGAGAGUUACACUGGACAAUGAUGUGGAUGAUGCUAAAUCCAGUCCAAAAAAGUGCACUGAAUUAUCCUCACAACACACUGCACCAGAGUGCACUGAAUUAUCCUCACAACACACUGCACAUGAAGACGAUGAUGACCACACCCUUCCUGCAGACCCAGCACUCAAAAAGAAAAAAGAAACGCAGGAUGCGCGUGCAGUUAUAUGUUAAGGCAGAUUCACACUGUUGAGUAUGUUGGCUCUUGGUUAUCUUGUAACAUAAGGAGGUCGUAAAGGUGAUGAUGUGAAUUUGUCCAUUAAUGGUAAUUAAAUUACAUUCCUAGGACAUGGCAGUUACGUUGCCAAUUGGUAAGUCAUGAAAUUACCAAAAAGAAUGAAUAAUUAUGUAACUGUGACUGUAUUUUAUGUUAGCAGAGUAUUCAUAAUAACUGGAGUCUUAUACUUAUACCUGUAUAGUGUUUGUGAGAUUGCAGAAGCUAUUUUGGUGAAGCUUUGUUCAAAAAUCUUAGCUUGCUUAAUGUAUACUAAUUAUUCCCAGAAUAACCAUUUUGUUUUUAACUAAUGCGUAAAACGGCAAUAUAAUGCAUAAUAUGGUCAUCACAACUUUAUUAUCUUGUUUGGUCUGUAAAGACUAUAAGAACAUGCAUACAAUUUUUUUUCCCCUGAAUAAUAAAAUAAGUGGCAUUUUCUCAAAUGGUAAAAGUAAGUUUUACAUUAUAAUAGCUCUGUUAGAUCCACUAACCUUCACUUUUAACCAACAUGACUGUGACUUUAAUGUUGUGUUUGGACAGAUGACAUAAAAGUACAGUUCUCUAUCUAUUUAACAAGUUAAUUUCACUGUUUGAUGCAUUGCCAAGAUAUUCACUUCAUUUUUAUUCCCUCAGGUCACGUUAAGAGGAUGCCCUGGAGCAAGGAGGAAAUACAUGCCGUUGAGAAACACAUGAUGAAUUUUAUAAAGAACAGUAAGGUGCCAGGAAAGGCAGACUGUUUGAGAUGCAUACAGGCUGAACCACUUGCUCUUAAAAACAGAGAGUGGCCAGCUCUGAAGUUCUACAUUAAAAAUCGCAUCACUACACUACAAAGAAAGAAAUUAACACAUUAAUACAAAAAAGAAAAGCCGCAUCAAAUUUAAAUGCAAAUAAGCAUGUGAUCACAUGUGUAAUGUGAUUUUUGGAACAUUGUUAAUCCAAUGUAUUCAUGUGUAAAAACCCAAGGAAUCACAUGUGAAAAAUGUGGCAACAUAUGAAAAAGUGUAAUCACAGUGUGCAGCAUGCGGUCUUGUGUUAUCCACAUGUGAUCACGAUUAACACACGAGGAAUCACAUGUGGAAAAUGUGGCGACAUAUGAAAACAUGUUUUCACAUGUGAUUCCUUGUGUGUUAAUCCCAUUCAAAUUCUCAUGUAAAAACCCAAGUGUUCCAAAAAUCACACAAAUUCAAAUUGCUCACAUGUGAUCACGUAUAAAAAAAUGUGAAAUUUGUGUGUUUUUUCUAUAAGAGAUGUCAAUUUGUUUUGUUUUGUCCUGUAUGGACAUUUGUGUUCAGUUCUGAGAUCAAAAUGAGUUGCUGCAGUUACCAGUGAGCAAUAUGGUUCAUGUUAUGAUCACAAACAUGCAUUUUAUGGUGAAGUUAUGCUUUUACUUAUCAGUAAGAAGUUUCAAGAAACGUUGUAUGUAAAAAUACAUACAAAGAAAAAAAGUGUUUUAUGAGUUUCAUAUACUGGACUAGUGUUUUGAACACAGGAAUGAGUUUUUUUUUAAAGUAAUGAGUUUUAAAAAUAUGUUCAGACGACACAUGACAUGUUCAUGUCAGAUGUUUUGGAAGCGUUUUACUGAAGCUGAACCACUUCAGCAUCUGUGGAAUAUAUGAAUAAAGUUUCAAAUAUUUUCAGCUACUUUUUUGAUCGGAGUAGUGUUUUCUGCAAACUGCU